CGGGCGCGGUCACGUGCCCACCGGGCGAGGCGGGGGCGGAGCGUCGAGGGUGGUGGGGGCGGGGUAUGGCGCGCUGUGCGGCGCAGGGCGGCUGGCACAAACGGCGGCGCCGAGGCCGGAGGAAAGAGCUGGCCACCCUGACGGGUCCCUUCCCAAGCCCCUAGGGGCAGCAAAGGACUUGGGGACCAGCGAGAACCCCCAGGGCACGAGAAGAGCCUCUGCUGCCUGCCUGCCCUGCCUCACCCUGCCCCACACCAGGCCCAGCCGCCCCGGCCCCGGGCUGCAUCCAGUGGAGGAGGAGGAGGUGGAGGAGGGUGGCACCAUGGGCCCGGGCCGUGCCCUCCAUGCCCGGGGGAUGAAGACGCUGCUGCCAUGGACAGCCCGUGCCAGCCGCAGCCCCUGAGUCAGGCUCUCCCUCAGUUGCCGGUUUCUGUGCCAGAGCCCUUGGAGCCUGGCCGGGUCAGGAUGGGGGUGGAGAGUUACCUGCCCUGUCCUCUUCUACCCUCCUACCACGGUCCAGGAGCAUCUGGUGAGGCCUCGGCGGGGAGUGGGACCCCCAGAGCCACAGCCACUUCCACCACAGCUAGCCCCCUGCGGGAGGGCUUCGGUGGGCAGGAUGGUGGUGAGCUGCGGCCGCUGCAGAGUGAGGGUGCCGCGGCUCUGGUCACCAAGGGGUGCCAGCGACUGGCAGCCCAGGGUGCCCGACCUGAGGCCCCCAAACGGAAAUGGGCAGAAGAUGGUGGGGAUGCCCCCACAUCCAGCAAGCGGCCCUGGGCUGGGCAGGAGAACCAGGAGGCAGAGGGGGAGGGCAAGGGUGGCAUGGGCUGCAGCAGUGGCAGUGGCGAGGCCAGUGCUGGGCCGAGGGAGGAGGUGCUGCCUGCUGCACCUGAGCGCUUGGCCCUGGACUAUAUUGUGCCCUGCAUGCGGUACUAUGGCAUCUGCGUCAAGGACAGCUUCCUGGGGGCGGCACUGGGCAGCUGCGUGCUGGCUGAGGUGGAGGUCCUGAAGCGGGAUGGUCUCCUGCGUGAUGGGCAGCUAGUGAGCCAGCGGGCCAUCCCGCCACGCAGCAUCCGAGGGGACCAGAUUGCCUGGGUGGAAGGACACGAGCCAGGCUGCCGAAGCAUUGGGGUCCUCAUGGCCCACGUAGACGCUCUAAUCCGGCACUGUGCUGGGCGACUGGGUGGCUAUGUCAUCAACGGGCGCACCAAGGCCAUGGUGGCGUGUUACCCAGGCAACGGGCUGGGGUACGUGAGGCAUGUGGAUAAUCCCCACGGCGAUGGGCGCUGCAUCACCUGUAUCUAUUACCUGAAUCAGAACUGGGAUGUCAAGGUGCACGGUGGCCUGCUGCAGAUCUUUCCUGAGGGCCGCCCUGUGGUAGCCAACAUCGAGCCACUCUUUGACCGGCUGCUCAUUUUCUGGUCUGACCGGCGGAACCCCCAUGAGGUGAAACCAGCGUAUGCCACCAGGUAUGCCAUCACUGUCUGGUAUUUUGAUGCCAAGGAGCGCGCAGCAGCCAAAGACAAGUAUCAGCUAGCAUCAGGACAGAAAGGUGUUCAAGUUCCUGUAUCACAGCCAACUACACCCACCUAGUGGCCGGCCCUGAGCUGCGUGGACAGGCAGCUUGCCCCGACUGCUGGAGUGUCCCCGGCCCUGUGCUGCUGAACCAGCAGCCCACCAUUCUUGGUGCCUGCUCCUUCCCUGCCACCACCACUGCUUCCAGCUUUGCCUCUGUCCUGUCCUGCCUGGUGUGGAGGGCUCUGUCCAUUGCUGAGGACCAAGGAGGAGGAGAGACCUCUGCUGCCCUGUGAUGGAGGCCAGGGCUGUGACACAGGCAGGGGCCAGUAGUGGGGCUACCAUUACUGGAGCUUGGGGCCUGUGUCCUGCCCUGUCUGGUCAUGCCCCUUACAGGUGUGGAAAGCUGGAAGGAGGCAUUGCCACCUCCCACCAGGAUGCAGGAUUUGGGGUUGGGGUGAGUCAUGGCCUCUUGCUGGGAAAGGUUUGUGUGUGGGGGAUAAUUUCCACGGCCCCCCCACCCCGACUUCUCCAGUCUGGAAUGUGAAGUGACUCCCCAAACCCUUGGACCAUGGCACCUUUUGGACUAGAAUGCCACUGCUUGGGUAGGAUAAAAGGUGCAGGUAGGAGCAUGGGUGUGAAAGUCCUGUCAGCCAAGAAAGAAAUAAAAGUUUACCUCAGAGCUGCA